AGUUACCGGUUGGAAAUCAUUGAGAUUACAUUAAAGAUGUCACGAUGAAUAACAGUUGAGCAGUUAUACAAACUUUUUUCCUUAGUGCUUUAAACAUUCCAUUAGAAGAGUUUAGUCAAUAUUCCUUAUUGUUUAAAUCAGUUUUUUUCAACGAUUUUUAUUUAUUCCAAGAAACUUUGAGAUAUCAUUCGAAUGAACAACUCAGAUAAUUGUAAUGUUCAUAGUGUUAAUACAUCUCUAGCCUGUCAAUACAUAAAAUAUACUCAAUCUUGUAUCUCGAAUGAUGGAUAUAUCGAUUAUACUCAGUUUAUUUACUGUGACUUUAAUGGUUCAGCAAGAUUUUUAGGAUUAGUUCUUGUUAUAUUAUGGUGGCUAGUUCUUUUCAUUUCUCUUGCCGUUGUUGCGGAUGAUUUUUUCUGUCCGUCUCUUGUUAUUAUAUCAAAAACCUUGAAACUCAGCGAUAACAUUGCUGGCGUAACAUUAUUAGCUUUUGGAAAUGGAGCCCCAGAUGUAUUUUCAUCCAUAUCAGCCGUAAAGAGUAGCCAUAAUGGUGAUAUAUCAUUAGCUCUUUGCGCCCUAACAGGUGCUGGAGUCUUUGUAACAACGGUCGUUGCCGGCUCAGUUGCUUUUGCGAAACCUUUCUCCUGUAUGCAAAGGCCUUUUUUGAGAGAUACAAUAUUUUUUAUUGCUGCAGCCUGUAUGACUUUAGGAUUGAUAUGGAAUGGAAGAGUAACACUUAUUUGGUCUUGCUGCUAUCUUGGAUUAUACAUAUUUUAUGUUAUAGUUGUUAUAGCGGCAAGGGCCAUACGAAAAAAAUGGCAGAGUACGCAGAAAGAUCCUCUCUCAAUUCAAAGCGAUCCUUUGGUAACGGCAGAUGACGAAGUAACCUUCUCACAAAUUACAUUUAAUGAUACCUUCGUCCGUCAAUCAGAGGCCGAGGGUCGUAGCGAAAAUAAUGAUGACGUACCACUUUUGAGUGUGAAAGAUCCUGAACAGAAGGGAUUCUUAAUCUUGUUGAUAAACGGUUUAAAAACUAUUGAUUACGAAGAGUUUAAAGAGAAGCCGAUAUAUAAGAAAAUUUAUGAUGUGGUUAAGUCACCGGCCUUAUUCGCUUUUAAAUUAACGACACCAGUUGUUGAGGAAGAUAGUUGGAAUAAACCUCUAAGCUGUUUACAAUGCGUUAUUGGAACAACAUUUAUAAUCUUUGCAGCAAAUUACGAAGUGGCAUUAACCUACCUUGGUGGAAGAUUUCCGGUGUUUGUAAUUUUUACAACAAUUGGAAUAUUGUUGGCUGUCUUGGUGCACUUUACAUCAACUCUCUCAGAGCCUCCUGUAUAUUAUAAAGGUUUCUCUUAUCUGGCCUUUAUUGUGGCCAUCUUAUGGAUUAAUACAAUUGCUAAUGAAGUCGUGAAUGCUCUUAGUGCAAUUGGCAUUUACAUACAUAUAUCUCCGGGAAUUCUUGGCUUGACUCUUCUGGCUUGGGGAAACUCUCUGGGAGACAUGAUAGCCGAUAUUGCUAUGGCCAAGCAAGGUUUCCCAAGAACAGCUAUAUCAGCUUGCUUUGGUGGCCCUUUAUUUACUCAAAGUAACAAAACUGCAGAAAGUUAUGGUUGGGAGUUUGAUAGCUUCAAUCACUCUAUCUUUUAUAAUGGUUCCAUUGAUGAAAUUCAAAUUAGGGAAAAUAUACGCACUAAUUUUGUAUGGAUUUUAUGUAAUUUCGGAUUGUUUGCCCUAACAUCAAGUGCAAGCGAGGCAGAACUUCAUAAGCGUUUUAAAAAUAUUCAACCGGCAAUUAGGCCUUUAAACGAAGGAUUAACAUCUGUUUUGGAAAUUGAUUUAGUAUCACCAAAGGUCAUGGAUUUGGUAGAACAUAAGAAUCUUUUAAGGGUCAAUAGUUGGCUACGUCUAAAAUGGAAGGAUGAUCGCUUGAAAUGGUCAAAAGAGGAUUUUGCAGAUGUGAAUACAACUCGGCUACAAGUUCAGAAUAUUUGGACACCCAGAAUUAUUCUUUCAAACAUGGCGGAUACAGAAUCUCUUGUUGCUUCGUCAGCAUCUGAAAAAUAUUUAGUACGUGUUACUAGUGACGGUGAUGUUACUUGGACGUAUCCAGCCAUCUUCAAUGUUGACUGUCAUUUUGAAUUUUGGAGAUUUCCUUACGAUACGCAACAUUGUUGGCUACAUUUUACAGUUGUUGACUAUUUAUCUAAUGAACUAAAGUUUACUAUACCGAAAGGUAUGAGGCAAACGCACAAAAUUGAAAGUCGUGAAUGGAUAAUAAUGGAAUUUAAACCAUUUGUAAUUAAUCCGGACCAAGGAGGAGAAAAUUAUCCAGAUAGAAAAUUCAAGACCGAAAGCGUUCCCAAUUUGUGUAGAAAACUGUUUUUGGGUAAACUAAGGACUCUUUUCUGCGUUAGAAAGUUUCAAUAUCUACCCGUUGAUAGUUCGGGAGUAAAUUCAAUGAGUAGAACAAUGAUAAAUGCCGAUGAUUUAUUUGAUAACGAAGCUCUUCCAAGAUCACCAACCCUUUCGUUGGAGAAGACGUUAGAAGAUAUAAGGAAGUACUUAAGAGUUUGCGCUCAAUUGCAAAAUAACCCACAGGCGAGCAACAAUAACGAGAAUGCUACAUCUCAUAAGGAGUUAGUCGACAACGAAUGGAACCAAUUAACGACUGUCCUCGAGAGACUUUUCUUUUGUUUCUAUAUCGUUUUUAACGUGAUUUUGUCGAUAGCUCUAUUAUCCCAUUAA